ACGUUUUAAACCGCGUAUUUAACAGUAGUGCCAACAUACGAUGGAUUUCUAUGAUCAUGGAUACGAAGAGAACAAACUUGGGAUGACCGUAACGAGUGGUUGUGUGAAACUUAAAAAGGACCCACAGAAUCUAGUGGGUAUAAGUAUUGGAGGGGGAGCCCCAUACUGUCCGUGCCUUUAUGUUGUUCAAAUAUUCGACUCCACACCAGCUUCAGAAGAUGGUAGUCUUCAAGCUGGGGACGAAAUAACUGGUGUCAAUGGUAUAUCUGUAAAAGGCAAGACGAAAGUGGAAGCUGCGCGACUCAUUCAAAGUUUCAAGGAUGAAGUAAGAAUUAACUAUAACAAACUUCAUGCAGACCCAAAACAAGGAAAAACGCUAGACUUAAUAUUAAAAAAGGUGAAACAUCGUAUUGUUGAAACGAUGGAAUCUAGUACAGCUGAUGCUUUAGGUCUAAGCCGAGCUAUUCUUGUAAAUGAUGGUAUGGUUAAAAAGUUGGAAGAACUCAAUAAAACAUCAAAUGUGUUUUCGGGUAUGGUAAAUCAUGCAAAAAAAUUGUUACGUGCAAUCUAUGAACUUUCUCGUAUCUAUGCUGUAUUGGGAGACACAUUUUCAGAAAUUGGCGUUAAAGAGCCCAUGGCAUGCACAAGCGAAGCUUUUACUCAGUUUGGUACGAUUCAUCGAAGUAUGGAGCGUUUUUCGAUUGAAAUGUUGAAAAAGAUUAAGCCAAUGAUCAUGGAUUUAAACACAUUUCUACAUAAAGCGGUUCCUGAUACAAAGUUAACAAUCAAAAAAUAUUUAGAUGUCAAAUUUGAAUAUUUGUCUUAUUGUCUUAAAGUAAAGGAAAUGGACGAUGAAGAGUAUGGUUUUGCUAUGGUUCAAGAACCACUAUAUCGUGUAGAAACUGGAAAUUAUGAAUAUAGACUUGUUUUAAGAUGUCGACAGGAUGCACGUACACGGUUCGCUAAGAUGCGCAAUGAUGUUUUAGUAAAACUAGAAUUAUUGGAUAAUAAACAUGUACAAGAUAUCGUGUUUGAGCUACAACGUUUCAUCGAUGCUAUGGCCACCUACCAUGAUCAAUGUUAUGGUGUCAUGAAGCAAAUUAAAAUUUUUCCACUUGAAGUGGAUCUGGCAAGAGAUGCGUUUGCGUACAACCUAGGGAUUUUUAAUACAGGCGAAGAUGAAGGCGGUGAAGAUAUUGAUGAGGAUGUAAUCAACACUGAGUCAGUUGGAGAAAAAUCUGUCAGUAGCAAGUAUAACCAGUUAACUGACGAUGUCAAAUUAAUAGACCUGGCAGGGAUAAAUUCCAAAAGCCGAUAUUCUGAAAAUGAGGGUGAUGAUGAGGUGUUAGAUAUGAACAACUGGAACUCUUUAUCUACUUGGGGUCCUCAUACAGGUGACAGUAAAUCGAAUAAACAGGAGGCUGUUACAGACUUGCUUUGUUUUGACUAGUUAUCGUUCUGCUUUACAUCAUUAGUGUACAUAUACUAUGAAUCCCUUUUUUUAAUAAGUAUCUUUUGUAGUGAUUGUACUGCAUUCACUAAAAAUGUGAUUUAAUAAUGUGAUAUUUCUGCUUUGCUAAAUUCCAUGACUUAAUUUCGUUUAUUAUUCGGUUUUGUGUUUUUGUUUACUCUUUGUGGAACAAUACAUAUUAAUAAUUAUCGUACACUUCUCUUGCUACAGUUUGUUUCAUGUCUGAGGGGAGUGGUUGUGAUCAUGCGAAUAUUUUUAAUCUAAUAUAUUGUUGAACAGUUUGUUCAUUCCAAUAAAAAGUUUCGUUACUUAUUGUCA